UGUGGCAUGUGGUUGGAGGGAGGGCUGGACUCAGAGCUGUUGUGAGGAGGUAGGAGGUGAGAAUUGGACUUGAGACGUUUCGUGGAGGGAGGUUUUGAAAGUGUUAAAUUCUAAGUGUGAGGGGGAAGGGCCUAGGCGAGAAUUUGGGUGGAAAAGGAGAGAACGAAGGUUUGGGGACUGGGGAGAGUGUCGGUGUGACAAGGCAAUGGAGAAAGUGAGAGACGGGGAGGAAAGUUUGGGAGAAAGGGGAAUGGGAUGGGAGAUGGGGCAGUGGAGCUGCACGGGUGAUAGAGAUUCGGGGGUUUCCCUUCCCCCUGUGGCGAGGAAGAGAGCCGAGUUAAGCAGCAUCACUUGCAGCCAAUUCUAAUUGCCAGGCCCUUAGCUUUUAAUAGGGUGGGAAGGGCAGAAGGGAAUGGUCAUGUGGGUUUGGAGAAUUGGGGUUGAAUGAGGGUUCAACUGGAUUUGCUUUCCAAAAGGCUCUCUAGCUUACUGCUCUCUUGUUUUUCCUGGUUACAGAAGGAAGGGGAAAUAGGGAAGCUGGUGUGGAGUGUGGAGUAAAGGACUUUUCUAGUUUUUAGUAAUUAGUAUUACAAGACUGGGGAAACAGACGCGGCUGUAUCGGAGCCCUGUAUUCUGAGAAGUCUGAGGAGAAAACAGAAAAGACUGGCAUCUGGAAGGCUAAUUCAAAGAGUCCUUUAGUUCUCCGACUCUUCUUUUGCUGUUUAAGUGCUAGGAGAGAGGGGGGUUAAUAGCAUAUAUAGAAAAACGUUCCCUGCUGACAUGUAGAUGUGUGAGUGGAUGCUGCCCCAGUGGGUAUUUCGUUCUCAUUGUGUGCUAGUUAGAGGAAAGGGCAAAGACUGAAUUUGAAGGAUAGUUCUAGUUUGAUAAGUGAUGGGAAGAAAGUGCUUUCUUUGACUGUAACCACUUUCCUCUCUAAAGAUGAAAGUCAACAAUAAUACUGUAACAAAAUAAAUGGAAUAAAGAGUUGAGAAGGACGGUGAGAAAGUUACCAGAGGGUAAUGGGCUUUCCUGGAAGCUGUCCAAUUUGAGACCUUUUUGCCAUGAGACACUGGGACUGGAAGUUCUUAGAGCUGAUAUUAUUUUGUGAAUUGACUAACCGGGAGUUAGGGGAGCUUAAAGGUUUUGUUUUGUGAGUCAGUUCUUUAUCUUGGAGUGGAUCAAUUUGAUUGAAAUAGCUUUAGGCUUCUUUGAAUUUUUGCGACUAAAAUUGACUAGCACUGUCAAAAUAAAGCUCCAAGUUUGACUCCCCACCCCAUUUGUUUUGUUUUUGUUUUUCUGCUGGCUUUGAAACUUGUGCUAGAAAGACCUGGGAAAUUAAGUUUCUUCCAGAGUACACUGGGGAUUAUAGCUGCUGAGCAGAGAUUCUGGACAGCAUUGUGUUCCUGAGCCCCCAGCAUGGCGGGGCUAAAGCGGCGGGCAAGCCAGGUGUGGCCAGAAGAGCAUGGUGAGCAGGAACAUGGGCUAUACAGCCUGCACCGCAUGUUUGACAUCGUGGGCACCCACCUGACACACAGAGAUGUGCGUGUGCUUUCCUUCCUCUUUGUCGACGUCAUUGAUGAUCAUGAGCGUGGACUCAUCAGAAAUGGACGUGACUUCUUACUGGCUUUGGAGCGCCAGGGCCGCUGUGAUGAGAGUAAUUUUCGCCAGGUGCUGCAGCUGCUACGUAUCAUCACUCGCCAUGAUCUGCUGCCCUACGUCACCCUCAAGAGGAGAAGGGCUGUGUGCCCUGACCUUGUAGACAAGUAUCUGGAGGAGACAUCAAUUCGCUAUGUGACCCCAAGAACCCUCAGUGAUCCAGAACCGAGGCCUCCCCAGCCCCCCAAAACAGUGCCUCCCCAUUAUCCUGUGGUGUGCUGCCCCACUUCGGGUCCUCAGAUGUGUAGUAAGCGGCCAGCCCGAGGGAGAGCCACACUUGGGAGCCAGCGAAAACGCCGGAAGUCAGUGACACCAGAUCCCAAGGAAAAGCAGACAUGUGACAUCAGACUGCGGGUUCGGGCCGAAUACUGCCAGCACGAUACUGCUCUGCAAGGCAAUGUGUUCUCUAACAAGCAGGACCCACUUGAGCGCCAGUUUGAGCGCUUUAGCCAGGCCAACACCAUCCUCAAGUCCCGGGACCUGGGCUCCAUCAUCUGUGACAUCAAGUUCUCUGAGCUCACCUACCUCGACGCAUUCUGGCGCGACUACAUCAAUGGCUCGUUACUAGAGGCACUUAAAGGUGUCUUCAUCACAGACUCGCUCAAGCAAGCUGUGGGGCAUGAAGCUAUCAAGCUCCUGGUGAAUGUGGAUGAGGAGGACUAUGAGCUGGGCCGACAGAAACUCCUGAGGAACUUGAUGCUGCAAGCAUUGCCCUGACCUUUCCCCUUCUCACUUUUCUGGGGACUGUUCCCACCACCCGCCUCUGGAGCUUACAUAUGGUUCUGGGGUUUGUUCUCUGCCCUUUCAACCAAUCACACCCCUGCCACUUUUUUUU